CGCUUCCUCACGCUCUCACCAACACGCCUCCAUUCCCUUUCCUCUCCUGCCUAGGGUUCUAGCCCCCUCGCAGCCGCCCUCCGACACCGACCAUGACGGCCGAGACCGCGACGCCGGAGGAGCAGCUCCGCGCCCAGCUCGAGGAGCAGAAGAUCCACGAGGGAGAUGACCCGAUUAUUGAGGAUGACGAUGAUGAGGAAGAUGACGAUGAUGAGGAUGACAAGGAUGAUGAUGAUGCCGAGGGAGUUGAUGCUAGUGGGAGAUCUAAGCAGAGCCGCAGUGAGAAAAAGAGCAGGAAGGCCAUGCUGAAGCUUGGCAUGAAGGCCAUCACUGGUGUAAGCCGUGUAACUGUCAAGAAGAGCAAGAAUAUGCUCUUUGUCAUCUCUAAACCGGAUGUCUUCAAGAGCCCUGCAUCAGACACCUAUGUGAUCUUCGGGGAGGCCAAGAUCGAGGACCUGAGCUCGCAGCUGCAGACACAGGCUGCAGAGCAGUUCAAGGCACCGGACAUGAGCAGCGUCCUGUCAAAGCCAGAGGCCUCCACAGCAGCCCAGGAUGAUGAUGAAGCUGUCGAUGAGACUGGUGUUGAGGAGAAGGACAUUGAGCUGGUGAUGACCCAGGCUACCGUGUCGAGGGCUAGGGCGGUGAAGGCGCUGAAGUCGGCUGAUGGGGACAUAGUUACUGCAAUCAUGGAGCUGACAAAUUAGCCAGUUGUGCGCCUACUUGUGAUAUUAUGACAGUUUUAUCUUGUUUAAUGGAUCUAUGAUCUGAACCGCAUGUCGUCGCGUUGAGCUGUUCUGCAUGUUGUAUGAUUGGAAACAAAUGGAAAUGUCUUCAAGGCUCUUUUUCGUGCA